AUGUGGAUAAAACUCAAAGACAAGGAGACAGGAAAUCCAUACUUCUACAAUACAGAGACAGCAGAGAAAACACAGAGAAAGCCUUCCGAGGGCUUUAGGCUGUACCAUAUAUUGAUAAAACACGAAAAAUCAAGAAAGCCCGUAGAUGUAAGCGUUGAAGAGGCUUUCUUAAAAAUAAAGGAGAUCUAUGAGGAGUUAAAGGCAAAAGUUAAUGAUAGUGAUUUCAAAGAGAUCUUUAAGGAAUAUGCAUAUAAACACUCCCAGUGCUCGUCUUCAAAAAGAGGAGGAGACUUGGGGUUUGUAUGUGGAAAUGAAAUGAUGAAGGAGUUUGAAAGGCCAGCAUUUUCUCUUCGAAGAGGAGAGAUAUCCGCCCCUGUUUCCACACCCUCUGGGUUCCAUAUAAUUUAUCGGAGAUGA